AUGAGCGUUGUAGGAAAUCGGGUGGCCAGCAGGUCGAUUUCCAGGCCAUCACCUUCUGGCUCUAAGGAGAGCACAGUGGAUGUGCUAUUGCAAUUGAAUGAUAUAUUAAGCAUAAAUCUGGCAGACUUGGUUCCUCAGCUCGACUUGGUUGUCCCUAGUAUCAGUGGGACUACCAAUGAAUCUGCCAGUGAACAAACCAAGAAGGCUGAGGGUGGAAGUAGUACAGAGAAAACUCAAGAAGUAGAAGAUAUCGACGAUAAAGAGAAAGAAAGGUCCGAUUCAUCUGGUCUGACUGAAACGACUCUACCUAUUAACUCAUUCAAUUCCCUAGAAGAAAUCGUUGCCGAGGGUGCAAAACAACAGAGCCAGAAAGAGACAAAACUGGAUGCCGAGUCAUAUCAUAAAGAGAUUGGGAAGUUCCAAUCCCUACACGAGGAAUUGGUCACGUCACAAAAAACAUUAGAUGUUCUGGAGACAUCUUUGAAGACUUUCAAAUCUAAUUUGAAUGCUCUAUCCGCUGAUAUGGAACUUUUACAGAAUAGGUCAUUGGAUCACGCACAAAGACUUCAGCUAAGAAAACAAGCCGAGAUAAAACUUGCUCCAUUAGUAGAGGCACUCAUCAUUCCUCCAUCAAUAGUCCUCCAAAUUUCGGAAAAAGAGAUUUCACCACAAUGGAGGGCUGCUUUGAAAUAUUUAGUACGUCGAAAGAGUGAAUUAGAAAGUUUGAAGAGCAGCGGUGAGAAAUUUACUGCUAUUGAAGGUGCCGAAGCACAACUGACUUUGGUGACUAAAAAAGCAAUCGAGCGUAUUCGAGAUUAUUUAGUCAACCACAUCAGGUCAUUGCGAUCACCAGGUGUCAAUGCCCAGGCUAUCCAAGGUGAUUUAUUAGCGAAUAAGGAUUUAUAUAAAUUCCUGUUCAAAGAAUACGAGAAGCUGGCUCUGGAUCUUCGCCAAGCUUAUAUUUAUACUAUGAGGUGGUACUACUCAAGUAACUUCAGCCGUUACGUCAAAUCUUUGGAAAAGUUACCUAUGUACACGGUUGAACAUUCUAUUUUACUCGGCUCUGAUGAACCGAUAAGAAAGGGUCUGUUUUCUGGCGCAACUGCAACCUCAAGCGCAUUUUCUUCAUUAUAUGGUGGUGGAGGGUCACCACGGUCCUCAUCUGGAUCUACCGCAACAUUCGCAGGUAGUGCAACAGUCAAUUCGGCAAGCAGAGCACCUACUGAUUAUCUUACUAUUGGUGACAGGGCAAAUAUCAUUUUUUCUGACGACCCCUCAGUAAUAACAUCACAUGUUGCAGAACACUCCCAUCUAACCACAUCCAUUGAAACUGGGUUCCGAAGUUUCAAUAUAACCUUGAUUGACAAUGCCAGUGUAGAAUUCAUGUUUGUUUCUGAAUUUUUUCAAUAUCAAAAGGGUGAAACGGCGUCGGCGAUAUUUAAUGCCAUUUUUGAACCAACUCUUCAUAUUGGACACGCUUAUACGAAGUUCUUGCUUGACGGGUCUUAUGAUGCAUAUGGAAUGCUUAUUUGUAUUCGACUCUGCCGUAAACUAGAACUAGAGUUACAGCAUAGAAAAAUUCCUGUUGUUCAAGAUUAUUUCAAUCUUCAGCUAAUCAACCUAUGGCCGCGAUUUCAAAUUGUCAUGGAUGCCCAUUCCGACAGUUUGCGAAGGGCGUCUACUAAAUCAUCUGCAUUUUCAGCCACAAAAUCGAACUCAUCCUCCCUUGUUCCUCAUCAUAUUACUCAGCAAUUUGCCAGCUUUCUAUAUGGAAUUCUAUCACUUUGUGAAGACGACGAGAGUGGAACUGAGCCCGUUGUCAACUCAAUUACGCGGCUGCGUAAUGAUUUUGAAUCAUUUUUGACAAAGAUGAGCGGCACCCUGAACGAUUCAACUGCCAAACAAGAGAAAUUCCUCUACAACAACUAUUUCUUGGUUUCUACUAUUAUUAGCGUAAGUUUUCAUCAUAUAUGCUUAUUUAGGUUUUUCGGCACAAGUUGUACUCGGCAAAUGUCUUUGCCGCAUACUGACGCCGGAGCAUUUGGGAUAAACAACUGUAAACCUUAA